GGUGACGGCAGACUGACGGAUGGUCGCAAGGCAGAGUUCGUUUCUUUAGGCUGUGACGUCUCGUUGAUAUGAGACUUCGCUCCCCGGCCUCUUAACGCUCCCUGUCCCCAGAAACGAUGCCUCUCCUCUGGGUUGUGCUGUGGUCGGCACUCCCUCUCCUGGGUCUCCCCUCUGCUCCAGAAGGCUGCAGAUUCCCUGAGAGCAGCAGCUCAACGAACGAAUCUCCACUGCUGGAAUCCUUAAGUUGCCAUAACGACUACCAGUCCUACGUCCACUGCAAAUGGAAGAAACACGGAGACACGUCACCGCAGCUUUGGUUCCAAACUGGAAACAACAGGAAGUUGUGUGUGCCGUACAGCCCACCAGGCCCAGAUGAACCCGGGACUGUCCAGUGUAGAUAUGAAACCCGUGAUUUUUCAAUUGGCAUCAAUCACACUGUCUUCUUCCUCGAGAACGAGACACAGACUGUUUGUUCAUCGGUCCCACGAAAGCCUCUGGAUCUCUCUCAGCACGUGAGAGCUCGUCCACCAGAGGAUCUGUCUGCACACGAUCCGGGAGACGGAGGCCGAUGGCUCAGCUGGUCCAGUCCCUACUCCUCCUCUUCCUCCCCCUCCUCUUCCUCCUCCUCCUCCUCCUCCUCCUCCUCCUCCUCCUCCUCCUCCUCCUCCUCCUCCUGGAGCAGAAAUCUCAGCUACCAGCUCAGCUACAGACCAGAGCAACACGACCACUGGACUACCGAGGACGUCACAAACACCAGCGUGAAACUGGAGAGGCAACUGUUGCUUCCCGGUCGCAGGUACGAAUCCCGGGUGAGGGCCCGGGCCAGCGUGGGGCAGUGGAGCUCCUGGAGUCCGGUGGUGACCUGGAAGACUGAGGAAGACCCCGGGCAGCUUCCCAGAUUGCAUUGUGAGCUGCAUGGAGAGAAGGAGGUGAUGUGCAGCUGGGAGGUGAGCAGAGAGCUGGCUCCCUUCAUUAGCUACCACCUGGCCUGUCGACACCGCAACUCUGCAGCGUCUGAGAGCUGCUGCAUGAACCCAACAGUCAGCCGGGGGGGCAGCAGCACGGCCCUGAGGUACAGCUGCUCACUGACCAGCGUGGACACUGCACAUCUGCUGCUGGAGCUCAUCCCAACACACACGGCCAGGACGUUCAAGGCCUACCAGCACAUCCGUCCCAACCCGCCACGGCAGCUGAGAGUGAAAGAGAAAGACAACAAGUUGAUCGUGGAAUGGACUGAACCGAGCACAGCGUCCAAACUGAGACUGUUCUAUCAGGUCUGCUACCACAGAGUAGAUCAGGAAUGUUCCACCCCGCUGAACAUUUCCGAGGGCUCCACGUCCCUCAGCAUCCAGGGAGCGUCUCUGUCCCCGUCCCAGCUGCACCAGGUCAAAGUCAGGUCACUGGUCGUCCCCGGAGACGGUUCCAAGUACCAGGGGAUCCCGUCCGAAUGGACCGGUCCCGUAGACUGGACCUCACAUGCAGGAACCUGGUCCCUCACCACCUUGAUAUAUGUUCUCAUCGGUGUGUUUGCGGUCACGAUCUUCUUCACACUCUACUGCACCAUUCCAGCUUGUCAAAGGAGGGCUGUCCUGUGGGUGGAGUCCGUUCCCUCUCCACACAAAAGUAACAUCCUGUGUGAGAUCAAGUGUGUGACCAGCUGGACGCUGCAGACUGAGGACACGUCCAUCUGCAAAGUGCUACUGGACGACACAUCUGAAUGCUCCUCACAUGCUUCCCUGGUGCCGAUCACCACAGCUGAAGAAAAGCUGCUGGAGGCGGACGAAGGUUUCUGGACCAGUGACGACUUGUCCAGUCCUGCUGAGAAGAUGAGUUUCAGUGGACCGUACAUCUUCUGCAAGAGGUCAGAGCCCGACCACAAGUCAGAGGAGGACGAGUGUUCGGAGAAAGAAGACAGGACCUCAUCAGAGGACUCUCCCCCCCCUGUGAAAUUCACCCAGAACGCAGACGGCUACGUGUCUCUACCCAACCGCGGCGUCUCCAGGUCCACACAGGACCUGGUGUCUAACAGCGUUGUCAACACAAACACACACGGGCAGGACAGCGUGGAGCAGGAUCCACAGAGGGCAGGUGCCACGCUGGGGUCAGAGAAGACUGACCUCAGCGAGGCCCCCAGCAGGGAGCCACCUCCGGCCUACACCCCUGGACCUUUCGCCCCCUGGCCUCAAGGUGGCAGCUUACAGGCCUCGGGGUACUGCCACCUCCCACAGCACACAGGAGCAAAGUGACCUGCAGCACAUCAGAGCAGCACUUGAAGAAGGAGCCAUAAGGCCUUAAUCUCCAGAUAAUAACAAUUCAUCAAGCUGUGGUUUCCUCUGUUGUUAAAGGCUUUUAACUUCCUAUGUGAAACAAACAGAAUCAAAUGUGUUUAUCAUUGGGCUGUUACACAUUAGGGAGGAUUUAUUUAGAUUUAUCUUACUCUGACCUGAGAUCAUAGUGUCCAACCAAUGGGGGGCAGUAGUGAGCUGAACCUGUAAUUAAUGGGUUUGACUUCAGUAUGAAACACAAACUAACUUCAAACAGAGGUCAGGAUAAAAUAACAGGAUCAUGUUAAAGCUCGUCAUUUUCAAUGGGACAGAGUUUGAGAUUCUAAUUUCCAAUUUUUGCUAUUUAUUUGACAGAUUUUACAGUUAAGAUCUGUGUUGAAGUGUCAUAUGUUUUAUUAGUUCCUCAAACGUCACGUCUGUGUCACAGCUGAGAUAAGAAGCUAAGUUAUGUAAACUGAAUGUUUACUGUACGAAAUAUGCCUGUUUGCACAAAGCUGAGUUUAGACCUUGUUUUCAAUGUGAAUAUACAUAUGUGUUAUUUCUGCCCUUGUGUGUUUUCAGUAACAAACUGAGGCCUGCAGAGAUAUUUAACUGUUCAACGAUGAACUGAAAACAUACGUUAACACCACGUUAAAGUUAGGAGACUUUCCUUUUGGACCCUUCGAGGACACGUGUGAUGUGUUUGGAACUUUUCUUUGUGGAUCUUUUCUCGGACCUCUUGUUGUGUUUGCGGACUUCAGCCUUGUUGUCUACGUUGCAUUUGGUAAUGUCAUGGUAGCCAUAUUCUCUGAAAGGUAAGCCAAAGGGCCAUGAUCGCCCCCCUGGUGGCUGCCUGCAGCAUUGCUCAUGCUCUGCCUUUCCCAUGUUAGUUGAUAGGACAUGGACCAAACUAAAAUGUGAAUGUAUGUAUCAGAUACGUUUAACUCAUGGAUCGAUUCUGAUAUUUGCUAGAUAGAUAGAACUUACCACUCAGAUUUUUCUGGUAAGUUUGGUUUUAAUUAGUUAUUUGAUGCUCUAAAAAUGGGGUGAAAGGUCAUGAUUGACAGCUGAGACUGACUCAGGAUUGGUCACACACACACACAGUAUUUGGUGUGCAGGCAUGUAUGAGACUGCAAUGCAACAUUACUGUAAAACAUUUAUAUCAUGAGCAUAUUGUGGCGGGAUGACGCAGAACUCUUUCUUGUCUCUGCAGCGAGAACACAAUGCUGGAAUUCCAGGCAUGCUGAUAUUGACUUCCUGUGUUCUCAGCCCAUCGCUAGGUACAGCUUCCUGUCUGAUGAGGCUGAGCAGCAGUUCGACUCACACACCGACGGAGUCACGAUGCCCGCGAAGGCGUACAUAUUUUGGCGUUGACUACGGUUGUGGAACGGGAAAGUGAUUUGGUGGGUUUUCACAGGUUUGUCCAGAUGUUCAGCUCCAGAAACAGUCACAUUCCACAGUUUCACAUCCACCGUCAGGGAGCGUUUGUUCCCUGAAGGAGGUCGGUGCUUCGGACAGAUUCACAUCAAUCCUGAUCAGUGAAAAGGAAAAGGUUGUGUGUGGACGGACACAGCAGGGUUAGUGUGUGUGUGUGUGUCUGAUAUCCGGGUGGAUGUGUGAUCAUCUGUGUACAGCGUGUCCCUGUCCGCUCCCGUACAUAAAAAACAGGAAAAUAAAAGCGCUGGAAGGUGUAGGGAGUGUGCGGAGCCACACGGAUGCUUGUGUAACCUCCUGUUCAAAGACCUCCUGUUUCCUCAGCCCUGUCCAGCAGGGAAUCCAGGCCACACUCAAACACACACUCACGUCAGAGACUUGUCGUCUGAGGCUGUCGGGACAAUUAUGGGCUCUUUGUCAGUGUAACAUUAAACUGUUGUUUUGUUUGUUUUCCUCUUUUUGAUAUUUUGUUUUCGUUUCUUUUAUAGUUCUGUAAUUUCUUAUGACUUGCUGGUCAAGUGGUGACAACCUCACAUGCCCCCAUAUGUCAAUGCAUAUAUUUUAUA